AUGGGCUCACGGGCCCUGCCCCCAGGGCCUGUGCAGACCCUCAUCUUCCUGGACCUGGAGGCCACUGGCCUGCCCUUCUCCCAGCCCAAGAUCACUGAGCUGUGCCUGCUGGCCGUCCACAGAUAUGCCCUGGAGGGCCUUUCCGCCCCUCAGGGGCCUGCGCCGACAGCGCCUCCACCGCCCCGGGUGCUGGACAAGCUCUCCCUGUGCGUGGCUCCAGGGAAGGCGUGCAGCCCCGCGGCCAGCGAGAUCACGGGCCUGAGCACCGCCGUGCUGGCUGCCCACGGGCGUCGGGCCUUUGACGCCGACCUGGUCAACCUGAUCCGCGCCUUCCUGCAGCGCCAGCCACAGCCCUGGUGCCUCGUGGCCCACAAUGGUGACCGCUACGACUUCCCCCUGCUCCGGGCUGAGCUGGCGCUGCUGGGCCUGGCCAGUGCUCUGGACGACGCCUUCUGUGUGGACAGCAUCGCUGCCCUGAAGGCCCUGGAGCCAGCUGGCAGCUCCUCGGAGCACGGCCCAAGGAAGAGCUACAGUCUGGGCAGCAUCUACACACGCCUGUACGGGCAGGCCCCGCCAGACUCGCACACCGCCGAGGGAGACGUGCUCGCCCUGCUGAGCGUCUGUCAGUGGAGGCCGCGGGCCCUGCUACGGUGGGUGGAUGCUCAUGCCAAGCCCUUCAGCACCAUCAAGCCAAUGUACGUGGUCACAACCUCUACUGGAACCGACCCAAGGCCAUCUGCUGUCACAGCCACAGUGCCCCUGGCCAGAGCCAGCGACACCGGCCCCAAGCUUCGUGGAGACAGGAGCCCCAGGCCAACCCCUUCCCCAGUGAAGCGCCCUGGAGCCCCACCCGGGGAGGGGCUGCUGGCCCCCUUGGGCCUGCUGGCCUUCCUGACUUUGGCGGUAGCCACGCUGUAUGGGCUGUCACUGGCCAUACCCGGGCAGUAG